GAAGAUACGCCGCGUCAGCAUCAGAAAAGGCCUCCCCAGCUCGCGUACUUCACAGCUCCCGUCUACAGUUCGUGUCUGCCUACCGCUAGCUGCGCAGCAGCUCAAUAGCGCUCUGCCGGCAGACGUAACCGGAUCUCGCGAGAACAGCGGCGUGGCUGGCUGGCAGUAGGUUUGCUUACGGGAGGCAGAGAGAGAGAAGGCAGGCAGGCGGGCAGGACGCAUCAUGGCGGACAGAGACAGUGGAAGUGAGCAGGGAGGAGCGGUCACAGGCCUGGGCGCCGGUUCCUUACACCCAGUGACCGGAGGGGCGGGUGCGGCUUCCGGACUGCAGCAUGAGACCCAGGAGCUCGCCUCGAAACGGGUUGACAUCCAGAACAAACGUUUCUACCUGGAUGUUAAGCAGAAUGCAAAGGGCCGCUUCCUGAAGAUAGCCGAGGUUGGGGCCGGAGGAAAUAAGAGCCGCCUCACUCUCUCCAUGUCCGUAGCUGUGGAAUUCCGAGAUUACCUGGGAGACUUCAUCGAACAUUAUGCCCAGUUAGGGCCUAGUAAUCCGGACAUAGUGCAGGACGAGCCCCGGCGAGCGCUAAAGAGCGAGUUUCUGGUGAGAGAGAAUCGGAAGUACUACAUGGAUCUGAAAGAGAACCAGAGAGGGCGGUUUUUGAGGAUUCGGCAGACGGUAAACCGGGGGCCCGGACUGGGAUCCACGCAAGGCCAAACGAUCGCUCUUCCUGCACAGGGACUUAUUGAGUUUCGCGAUGCUUUGGCGAAACUAAUCGACGACUACGGAGUGGAGGACGAACCUGCCGAGUUACCGGAGGGCACCUCAUUAACUGUAGACAACAAGCGGUUCUUCUUCGACGUAGGCUCGAAUAAGUACGGGGUCUUCAUGAGGGUCAGCGAAGUGAAACCGACGUAUCGUAACUCCAUCACGGUACCGUACAAAGUCUGGUCCAAAUUCGGGAGUACCUUCUGCAAAUACGCGGAGGAUAUGAAAAAGAUCCAAGAUAGACAGAGAGAGAGAAGGGUGUGCGAUCUGCAGGAGGAAAUGCACGGCGACGACGCGGAGGAGGAUUGAUAACUGCAGAGGAAAUCGUGCAAAAAGUUAUAAUUAAAAACGUUACUGUAAACCGAAAGAAACGUAGAAUUAAACUGUUAACUGUUUAACUCCAAGGGAGCGCCACCUACGAAACCCUACGAACUGACAGUUAAGACUUGAUGUCACUCAUCGCUGGAUGUUUACCCACUUACCCACCAUUAAACAGUAAGCAGCUGCUAAACAGAGUAAUAACAUUAUAUAUGAACUAUUUCCUACUUGAUUAAAAUUAUAAAGAAAGGAGCGUUUAUUUCCCUAAUUAACCAAGAACUUUUAUACACGUUCGAGCUAUUAAAAUUGGUGCAAUGUUCAAAUUGAAAUAUUGCCGAAAUGUAUGAGGAGUAAGUCCUUUCGUGUGAGCUAAUAUUCGAAAUCAGCACAAAGAAGAUAUUUUGGAACACCUUUUCUAACCAAAACGUUAAACCUUUUUGAAAGAGGUUACCAGUAUACUUGCCACCCCUUUUACCUGUGAGUAGAUGUGUAUAUACUAUAUAUAUAUAUAUAUAUGUAUAUAUAUAUAUAUAUAUGAGGGCUAGGCAUGUUGUCGGAGUUUUAUUUAAAUGUUAUGCAGCCGUUCGUAGAGUUCAAAGUAAAUAGAUCAAUGACAGAAGUGCUCUGUAUUACAGUAUGCAUAGCUUCAGAAUCCCACAGGUAUUCAACUGGUCAGUAAAUCUUAUAUAUCGAAAUGGAUACAUUUAAACUUUAAACCUCCGGCUUUUAAAAUAAUUUAUCCAUUUUAUUGGGUUUUGUUUGCCUUUAUUUUAAAUGAAUAUGUCAGAGUACGAGGGGUGUUUGUCAGCUCGUCAUGCACUGUGUAUAAACGUGUUUGUUGUUUUGAUACGCAAGUCAGUGACAGCAUGCAGGAAUGGCCGGGCCUAAUGAACCACCACCUACGCUUUGUUGCUAUAAUUAUGAAAAUUAUAACUAUUAUUGUCCAUGUUGAACCCUGUAAGAUAUGGUCCACUGAAAUUCUGAGCAAACUUUAAAAAAAAGAAGAAAAAAAGGUAAUUACAUGAUUUUGUGAAUCAGAUUUAAACCCUCGCGAAAUACUCACGUUUUCUGUGGGAAUUUUUAAAAAGCGUGAAACGCAACGACACAAUUUAGGUCCUAUAACGAGAGAUAGAAAGUGAAGACAGCACUGAGAACGCACAGGCAGUGUGUGAGCUGUACGGAUCAUCCUCUACAACGACCUGGUGCCUUAUACACUUAGCACGUUUACAUGCUGGUUUGACGAUUUGGGUUGCUGUUUGUUUUUUGUUUGGGUACUACUUCGUUCGCCACCCGCACAACUUGGGGCGGACGGUGUUUACUGGAUGUUUAAAAAAAAAAAAAAAAACCCAAAGAAAGACAAGCUUUUGUUACGUUUUGUUUUAUUUAGGUUUUUUUAAUCUUUCACCCCCCACCUUCCCAUGAAAAGCAGUAAAAUAAUUUCCCAGUUCUUAUGCUUAAAUAUAUAACAUUAACAAAAACGCGAUUGAAGGCCUAGCCUUCAGGCACGGUGUGAGCAAGGGGUGCAAGUAUGCAGUGGACGUUAACGCAGAGAAAUUAACGUUUAUAUAGCCUUCGGUGUUGUUUCCUGUAUAUAGACCAGUGGCUAGGGCAGUAUAUACAUUUUGUAAAGUCGCUAAAGAUCUCAAUAGGGUAAUUAAUUACCAUGUUUCACUGUAAUUUAAAGUUUGUUUUUAUUUAACCCCUUCCCACCCUCCCCAAGUGUAUCUCUAACUUCUUUUACUUUUUUUCAAGCAUCUUACUCACAAGGGUCACUUUCAGAGAUACAUUUCAUUACUGUGUGCAAUAUUGUAUGUGCCAAUGGUGGCAAUAUAUGUAUUCAGAUUAAAUGUAAUAUUAAUAUCUAAAAGCAUGAGGCUGAAUCCUACCUUAUUUUUGUUCUCUAAGGAAGCAAAGCCUUUAUUUGUCUUUGAUUUUUUUUUUAAAUAAAAAAGGCCAAGAUUUUAAGAUAGCAAAUUAUGUUCCCAUAAUCCCUGGCUGUGGCUCGCCUGGCCUGGACGAGGCGGAGCAUGCUCGAACACAUCGAGGUGAGCGAGCAAGAUGGCCGCACCUCCGCCAUCUCCCACCUCCGUUGGGGACCCUGUACGAAGUUUUGCUGUGCCUUGCGUUGGAAACGGGCCCCGUGUGGACGGCACAAAAGUUUCAUGGGUGUCGCUGCCUCGACUCACAGUGGUACACAUAAGGACCAAUUCCCGGAAAGCCGACUUCUGUCUCUCGUUUGAGAUCCUUCCAGAAGUUUGUUUUUGUGCUCCUCGGUCCGGGGGCUAACGUACCGAUUUUAUUUCCCUUGAGGUCAGAGCUACCAGCAUAAAGCUUUCUGUCCGGGGCAAGGCAUCUGACCACAGGUUUGGGUCCCAAAAGAACAAACUGUUUCCGAGACGUUUUGGCUACGACCAGAGAAAGCAGCGGUCCACUGUGAGCAGCUCCCUCAGCAGUGCGCUGCAGUACUGCAGCAUUGGCUCUAGGGGGAGAUAAAGCCCAGCCAAGUAUUCACAGCCUUUUCAAACAGUGCCUAUUCAGCAGUUUCUUGUCUAGCCGAUUUGCGUGGGUUUCAGAACAAGGUUCGCUGAAUAACUUAUUCAGUAAUUAGGCUCGCUCAUAUACUGUAUGAUUUCAAGUACGUUCUAUACAGUUGAAUAUUAAUUCUGUUUAGGAAAGAGAUUAUUUUCAGUUUUUUUUUUUUUUGCCCCCCCAAUUUUCUUUCACCCUGUGUCCCGUUCUGAAGGAGAUAUGGCCCAUGAGAGUGUGAAAAGGGCGAGACGUAACGGCCAUGUGAAAUAAUUCCUUCGUUAAAACGCGUCCUGUUUAUAGAUUUAUAGGCAGGUUAUAGGUUUAUGUUUUUUUGGGGUUUUUUUUUGAAGAGUGUAUAGAAUCAUUUAUUAUCAUUUGUGACGUGGUCACAGAGGACCAAGUAAAGCUCACUGCUAUGCCUAAGCUAUCCGUGGGUUCGGGUUUAUGAAGUGCAGCAACGUCACUCCCCCGAGCAGCGCUGUUGCUAUGGGGAUGACGUGUGCGCGGUUUUGCCCUGUUUUUUGAGCGAGACGCCUAGCGCGUCGCCCGAUCUCUGGGUGAAAAGCGCGCGCGCGCGUGCGUUGCCUGGGCUGAGACGCUACCUGUGUGCAGCGCUUACGGUUUAGCGAUCCCUGGGGGGGCCGGACAGAGGAGGCCGGCGGUACGGCUGAACGGCGGCCAAAUGAGACGUUAGCGUGUGUGGGAGCUUGUUCCUGGAGGAGGGCCGGAGUGGGUGCAGGUAUCUGUUCCACCAAAUAUCCCCCCCCCCCCCCCCCAGCUCAAGCUCAGCUCGUUUAGACGCAUCCAAUACAACAACGGCGUUUUGAGAUUAGCCUAAACCACAGCAAAAUGUCUCACGCUUGGGACACAGGAACGGUAAUCGACUGCCAUACAAGAAAUGUGUGUCGCGAAAACGUUAGCUCAAGUAAACGUCGGGCUUUUUGAAAGCGGAAGCUGGCAUGAGAUCCAGAUGUGUCCCUCUCCUCCUCCACGGCGGAGUUGGCGGUUAGCCUCGUAGGAAAGCGAGCCACUUUUUUGUGAAUCUUGUUGGCGAGACUUUGGGGAGGGCUGCCCUGUAAGUCAGACACUCACGAGCUGACCCGUGUCUCUGUUGCACUAAAUCUUCAUUUCUCUCGAGAGCUUUCAUGGGGACAUCAGAUUAAACGUUGAAUCUCUGAGCGCCUUUAGCCGCUAAGCUAAGGCCCUCAUUUUCUGUCUGCUUUCUGUUACCUUUUUUAAAAAGGAUUUUCUCUCUUUUAAUGUGCAGGGCGUAUUGAAUAAGAUAUUAGCGUUAUUAUUUGUAACAGUCAGACAUUUAAAAUAUUCUUGCUUGAAUGUGUUUGUGUUUUUUUUUUUUUGGAGUGUCAGUUCAAGGAUGGCUAUUUGGGUUUCCUCUUCACCCAUCUCAUUUCAUCUGGAUUUGUUUUUGUUAUUCCACCAGUUUUUAAAUUAUUUUUUUCUUUUUUAAUCUUUGACUGUUGAAGUUUCAGAGGCUUUCGGUCUUUAGUGCAGACUGAUGCUUUGAUGCUUUCAUGCUUUUGAUCAGUGACACUCAGACCUCUCGUGUGGCCCUACCCCCUCUCUGUAGCUGUCCGCGACAGGGGCCAAAAAACACGAACCCACAGUUUGCGGUUCUUUUCAUGUGAAAGGUAUGCACGUGUAUGCGUGCAUGCGCAGGUGUGUGCGUGCACGCACGCGUCUGUAUGCAUACGUUUGCGUGAUUGUCAGUACGGUUGGGCCAGUGUCAGAGCAGAGCGUUCAUAUUGUGAACUGAAAGCACUAUGUGAUAUAGAAUGAUGUUGUUGGCAUGGAUACAGCAGAUGUAUGCACCUCACAUAACCGAUGACGUCGUUUGCAGUCUUCUGUGGCUAUUUCCUCAGCACAUUCUGAGAUUCUUUUUUUUUUAUGCCACUCGUAAAUAUACCCACAGAUAACUGCUUAGUAGUAUUGCAGUUAAACUCACUUUGACUGUUACAUUACAAAUGUGUGUAUUUACUAGUACAUCCCUAUUGGUUAUAUUAGUCUAAGUGAUCUGACAUUAAGUCUUGGAACCAGCCAGUUAGCGGCAAGUAGAAUUCUCUGGCCAAAGACAGAUUUUUUUUUUUUUUUUUUUUACAUUGUGAACUGCAACUACAGCCUAUAUCAUAUGAAAAAACUUGAUACAUAUUGCACAGCCCACCAGUCGCACAGCCUGUUGCUUAGCCAGCUAUAGCCUUUCAUUAAGAAGUACUGCCAUGUCGGUUUUAUACUGAACAGCCAGCUGUAAAAGAAUUGCUGUGUUCUCUGCCACGCUAAAACAUCUCGCUGUGUAAUGCCAUGCUUUCUGGAAAACUCCACUGAAGGAACUGACAUAAGAGGCGGCUCCUCCCCCAAUCAUUUGCCUGCUUCCUGUACGCAAUGUCACCUGUGCAGCCACCCGCUGCUCAGUAAUAAUAAAAGUCAGACGACAGUCACAACAGUGCUGCUGCGUCGACUUUUUCUUUUCUCUUUCCGGCAGAACUGAACACAACAUUUAUUUGAUUAUACUCUUUAGGCAGAGGGUCACCUUCCUCUCUUCCUCUGAUAAUCAGUCUAAACAAGUUUUAUCAUCCCCUCCCCCUUUCCCCAAAAACAUUAGACAAACCACUUGCAGCUGUGCUGUAGGUUUGGCGUACUGUCGCAUAUUCCCCUGCCCGAUUACAGCACAAACUGACCUCCGUUUAGCUGGCUUCUGAUUGGGCACGUUGUGGAGCAGUGACCCUUCCAGUUUUCCCUCUCCUGCAGUUGUGAUGGAGUGGGCUCAUAACACCGGUAGUGUUGAGUAGUUCUCACUACCUCAGGUGUAGGCUAAGGUGUGGGAUUGUUGGACAGGACAUAGGCUAGUAGGGGGAGAAAAAAAUGUAUUGAGAUCUAUUCUCAGUCCAGCCUCUGUGAAGUGCAAUCUUAGAACACCAGAAAAAAAAUGGCAGUACCUGCUGAUGUGACUGUGACAGAAGUUAGGAAGCCACAGUUCAGUUUUUAUCAUUUUUACAAUACAACUUAAGACAUAUUUCACUGCAUAGAAAAAAAAGAAGCAUUUUAUUUAUUUAUUUUAAACCUUACUGCCCAACUAUAUGUUUUGUUUGGGGGGGUGUUUGGGGUGUAGGGGAACGCACAAAUCGAAUCUGGCUUUUAACUUGUUCCCACACAUGAGCAACAGAAGUCUGAGCAUCACUGAUCGAGCACAGUUUAAAGUAUGUGUGGAAUCUGGAGAAUAGUUUGCCUCAACCUGAUGUGGGCCUACCGCUCAGCCAAUCACAGCACUGUGGGCGUGUCUUAUUCCAAACUUUCCUUUUGUGUUUCUGGAAAUAAACAGUCUUUAGAUAGUACAUUUAAGGAGACCUGCAACUGCCCGUCUGCCGUUUCCCUGGCAACCUUUUUGCUGAUUUGCGAUGUGCUCGCUACCUGCAUGAAAGAUGCAAAUGAGAUGGGGGGGGGGGGGGUUACCGGUAAUAAUCAUAAACAGCUAUGUAUGGGCACAAAAGCAAGCUGUCGAAAAUGGAAAAAGGAAAUACAAAUUACACUUUUUCCCCUCCAUCUGAGGGGGUUGUACACAGAUUGUAGAAUAGUAGUUCUUUGUCUGAAUAAUCCUGUUUUAAUAUGUGUUAUGCUGCCUGGCUCAAUGAAAAGAAUAAUUACAGAUGUUAACAAAUGUAGACCUAUUGUUUCUUAACUAUUGUCACUUUAAAAGGUGCUACUGUUUCUUUGGUGCUGUGUUGCAGUUGGGUUUUGUAAACAGCUGAAGGUGAUCUGUUAAUAUAAAGGAUUAUAUAUAAUAUAAAAUCUGCAUACGCACGUCUUUGUGCUGUCUUCUUGUGCCUUCUAAAGGCCAAUUCCAGAGUAAUGGGUGGUUGAAAACUUAUGAAGAGAUCUCACACAACUGUUACCGAAUAAUCUACAACGACAUUUUCAGACGAAUCACAGAAAAUACGAACAUCGCACCGGAGUAUCGGACUAUAACCGUAGGCUUGCCUCCAUUAACCGUUCACUCCCCGGUGAACCGCAGUGAACCACGUCCAUUUCGUAAAUGUCGAAGGACAAGGCGAUGUCGUUGGCGACACACAAGCUAACAAAAGGCAAGUCUAUUAACGCCACGGCGCUGUUGCUCCCACGGCUAACUCUGGCGGGCGCGCUUACGCCCGUUCUCUCUCGUUACGAGUCGCUCCUGGGGCGAGAGAACGCCCGCUAAGCUCGCCCGCUAACCGGAGGUUAACGCAGCGUCUACGGCCAACGCGGCGGCCACGAGCUCAAGCUAACAAUCACUGUGGCGCGCCAGUGCGGACGCUAAAGCAGAAGCCGCUGCUUAGUAACAAUGACCUGUUCUUACACAGGGGGGCGUCUCAGCUGCGGGACCGCCGCAGUCCUGCACAUUGUUUUAUGUUUACCAUAAAAGGUUUAAAAAUAUCCGAUAGACCAUGAGCGUGUGGUCACCUGCACUAGUUUAGUCUCUGAAACGGCCAUUUUCCGGUUAUGUAAUGGAAGGAAGGGUCGGACAGGGGGGAGACCGAUGCAUCUGUCGCACUCCACUACCAAGUUUCAGUUGGUAUCCCAGAACACCAAGCGGUUGGCCGGCUGAAUUGGUCUGUCUGCCUCUCUUGGAUGGCGCGGAACUCCUUACAGAUUCAACUGAAGAUGGAGUCUAACUCCAUACAUUGACCAUGGAUCGGUUUUCUCUGUUUUCUCACAUGGUGGUUGGUAAUUGGAUUAGGACUGGCUGAACUGUUCUGGGAUUGGUGGGUGGUGGUUGAUGAUUGGAUUAGGAUUGGCUAAAACUGUUCUGGGAUCUGUUCCCCUCCCACCCACCGAUAUUGGACUGGACUGGUAUGGACUGCUAAUCCUACAGGUCAGGGGUUUUGGGUGGAAGUCAAUGGAGGACAGGUGUUCUGGGCUCAGCCAUUGUAAAUCAGAGAGCCCAGAACAGACUCGUCUUCCACGUGAUUUACAAACGGAAAAGGGCAGCGGAUUCUGUGCCAAAUUCCUGUAUGCACCUGUGGUCACACAGGUGCAUGCAUGCAUGUGUGCGUGCAGAGCAUCAUAGGACACAUGGCUCAAGGCACAAGGAGAACACUGACCAAUCCUGACGCAGCGUGCACCAGCCCCUCCCCCUUUUCCUUUUACGAAUCACACUGGAAGUCUCAAGACUUCUGACCUGAGGUGUGAUAGGGUUUUGCUCGUGUGCGUUGUUCACCUCAAUGAACAAAUCAAAAGUAUACUGGAAAAAAACUUAAAUAUUGUAGUUAUUUUUUCCUUAGUAUUUUGUACUCACAGAGAGAGCUGAAAACAGGUGGAUAAAUACUUGCACUUUAAUAUAUUAAGAAAAUACUGCAUAUUAUUUUUGAUAGGGGAUCUUACAUUCAAACUAUAGAAAAUACACUUUCCAGGCUUUGUCUCAUUGCUGUUGGACAGGAAUAUAUCAAGCUCUUCUACUUUCUGAAGUGUAUUGUCUGUGUUCUGAAAGGUUUAUUAAAGUAACUUGCAUGAUGUAGUAACAGUGUUCCAACUGUAAUUAUUUUUAGUUGGCAAAAAAAGAAAAAAAAACAUUGUCAGACUAAAACUGUGAUGAUAACUCCAUGUAUUCAUGCUUUACUUCAGUCAUACAUUCUAAAGCACUUCUUGAUGAUUAUUGCCUUUCCCAAAAUGAAUAUGGUGCUCAAAUUGGCUUAGAAACCCUUCCGUCUUCACGAAUACCUUCAUCCUUCCGUCUGUGUGUUCCUUGCUGUUUUCUGUGUUUUCACAGCCUUAUUAAAUUUUCUUUAAAACUUUGACGGUACCAAGUGUGUUUUUGUAAAUAGAUUUUAAGUUUCAAAGCAUUUUUUUCGUCUGAAAAUGACUAAUAAUUGCAAUAAAAAGUUCAUUUCACCCAGA